CGGGCUAGUACUGUUUUGGAAUCACAGCCUAAAAGACCUAAGAUUGAAGAGGGUGCACGAUUUUCUGAGCAAACUAGCGAUGGAGGAGAGCAUUCAAAAACGAAAGUGGCAUCUAUUUCUUCUGGAAUUCCUCUGUCUGAGCAGUUAAGACCCGAAAAUCUCGAUGAAUAUGUGGGGCAAGAGCACGUUCUAGGUUCAGAUAAAAUAUUACGUAUGCUCCUAGAUAAACAUGAUAUCCCAAGCAUGAUCCUCUGGGGGCCUCCAGGAUGCGGCAAGACAACUCUAGCUCAUGUCAUAGCUGCACAGUGCAAGCAGAUGCGUCAAGGGACACGAUUCGUCAAAUUGUCUGCCACCAUGUCAGGUGUCAAUGAUGUCAAAGAGGUUGUUAAAAUAGCGUCAAAUGAACAGCGCAACUUUAAACGACGCACCAUUCUAUUCAUGGAUGAAAUUCAUAGAUUCAACAAGUUACAGCAGGACAUUUUUCUUCCACAUGUAGAAAAUGGAACUAUUAUUUUAAUAGGAGCAACUACUGAAAACCCAUCGUUCAGUCUGAAUUCUGCUUUGCUUAGCCGCUGUCGAGUCUUUGUUCUUGAAAAACUACAGUCGGAAUGUAUGGUAAUUAUUCUCAAGAGGGCUUUGAAAGCCCUUGCUUGUAGAGUUGUACCAGGAGACAAUGAAAGUACUCAUUCCUCAGAUGAUGAGGAUGAUGAGGAUGACAAAAGUGAUAAGAAGAGAUGGUCAAUUGAUAGAAAGUCUGUACAGUGGUUGGCUGAUAUGUGUGAUGGUGAUGCCAGAAAUGCUUUGAACAGCCUUCAGAUGGCUUUAAAAGCCAAAGAAUGUGAAGACGGUUCUUCUGAGGAAAACCACAUUUCACUAGAUGACAUCAAAGAUGGAAUUAAGAGAUCACAUUUAUUAUAUGACAAAAAGGGGGAUGAACAUUAUAAUAUCAUAUCAGCUAUGCAUAAGUCACUUCGUGCUUCAGAUGCUAAUGCAACACUGUAUUGGGUGACAAGAAUGCUUGAAGGGGGUGAGGAUCCAGUUUUUGUUGGACGCCGUCUUGUACGGGCAGCUUCAGAAGAUAUAGGCCUUGCGGACCCCUCUGCCCUACCAAUGGCGGUCGCAACUAUGCAGGGAUGUCAGUUACUUGGGAUGCCAGAAUGUGACGUGCUUCUGGCACAAUGUGCAGUGUAUUUGGCAAGAGCACCUAAAUCUACAGAGGUUUACAAAGCUCUCAUGGCUGCGAAGUCUACAGUGUCACACCAGAAAGGACCCCAGCCUGGUGUUCCCCUUCAUCUGCGUAAUGCAACAAGCAAACUGGCCACCCAGCUAGGAUGGGGAAAGAACUACAACAUGAGGCAUAAAGACAUAUCUGGUCUUACUUAUAUGCCUGAAGGACUGGAAAAUGUAAAUUUCUUUGAUAAAAAGAAACAUUAAUAUGAUUUACAAGAACAAUAAAACAUCAAAAGUUUCCUUCCAA